AAACACAAAUGACAAUUAUAAAUAGAAUGAUCAAGUGAAGGUACAAUGAGUGGUAUUGAGAAGUAGAGAUAGCUUGAGACCAGAUAAGAUAAGUAAAGGCCAAGGCUACUAGUGUUUUUGUUUUUAAGAGCUCACACACUCAGUCUUCUGGAGCAUAACAGGAACAUACAAUGGCCUCUGCAUCCCUCCUCAAGUCCUCUACUAUCCUCGACAAGUCUGAGUGGGUGAAGGGUCAGACCCUCCGCCAGCCCUCAGUCUCAGUUGUCCGCUGCUACCCGUCCGCCACCUCAGCCAUAAACAUCAGAGCUUCCUAUGCUGAUGAGCUUGUUAAGACCGCGAAUACUAUAGCAUCACCUGGGCGUGGAAUUUUGGCCAUGGAUGAGUCAAAUGCUACAUGUGGAAAGCGGUUAGCCUCAAUUGGGCUGGAGAACACAGAGGCCAACCGCCAAGCAUACCGUACCCUCCUUGUCUCGGUCCCUGGUCUUGGUAACUAUGUCUCUGGAGCUAUCCUGUUUGAGGAAACUCUUUACCAAUCAACUGUUGAUGGCAAGAAAAUUGUUGAUGUUCUCAAGGAGCAGAACAUUGUUCCUGGUAUCAAAACCGACAAGGGUUUAGUCCCCCUAGCUGGUUCAAAUGAUGAAUCCUGGUGCCAAGGUCUUGAUGGCCUUGCUUCACGCUCUGCUGCUUACUAUCAACAGGGAGCUCGUUUUGCUAAAUGGCGUACCGUUGUGAGCAUUCCCAAUGGUCCAUCUGCCUUGGCAGUGAAAGAAGCUGCCUGGGGCCUUGCUCGCUAUGCUGCAAUCUCUCAGGAUAAUGGAUUGGUACCCAUUGUGGAGCCUGAAAUAAUGCUUGACGGUGAACAUGGCAUCGAGAGGACUUUUGAAGUGGCUCAAGCAGUUUGGGCUGAGGUCUUCUUCUAUCUUGCUCAGAACAAUGUCCUGUAUGAAGGUAUCCUCCUCAAGCCUAGCAUGGUUACCCCUGGUGCAGAAUGCAAGGAACGAGCCACUCCUGAACAAGUUGCUGACUACACUUUAAAGCUCCUCCACAGAAGAAUCCCUCCGGCUGUCCCUGGAAUCAUGUUUCUGUCAGGAGGACAAUCUGAAGUCGAAGCAACCCUCAACUUGAACGCCAUGAACCAAUCUCCCAACCCGUGGCACGUGUCAUUCUCCUAUGCCAGGGCUCUUCAGAACACCUGCCUGAAGACAUGGGGUGGUCGCCCAGAGAAUGUCGCCGCAGCUCAAGAGGCAUUGCUUGUCAGGGCCAAGGCCAACUCUCUUGCUCAACUCGGAAAGUACACCGGUGAAGGUGAAUCAGAGGAAGCAAAGAAGGGAAUGUUUGUCAAGGGUUAUGUGUACUAAUUAUGACAAUGCAUCAAAUUUUCCUUGGCACCAACAGCAGAGAUUAAGGCGAAUCUAUAAAGAACAUAAUUUAUUUUUAUUUCUACUUAUAAGUUAUUAUAGAUGUCAAGACUAUUUCUGUUUCAUUUUUCGAAUCUCGACCACUUAAUAAUCUAAAGCUUCUCUAUGUGGAGAUUAGUUAGUCUGUAUCACCAUUGAUAUUUAUUAAACUUUCAUGAUAUUAUAGUGCGUAUUUUCAA